AUGGGGGUGUCGGCCAUUGACGAACAGCGCCAGGCUAUUCUGGAUGCCAUAAAGUCAAUCACUCGAGGCGACUGGAAGGUGCUCGUUAUCGAUGAGGCGACCAAAAAGAUAGUGUUUCGUGUCCUAAAGGAAGAUGAUAUUCUCAACGAGAACAUCGCCAAUGUGGAAACACUCGAAAGCAGGAGGGAAAUGAAUCCAGGCAUGGAUGCUAUAUACCUUCUAUCGCCCCCCCCCGAAACCACAUGUUGUCGAUUACAAGCACAAGAACAAUUGGGCGGAUGGGAGACUCUAUCCAUAGAUUUCUAUCCACGCGAGUCGCAUCUAAUAACAUUCAGAGAUCCUUGGAGUUUUCCCAUCUUAUUCCACCCAGCAUGCGCUCCUUUGGUGCGCGAUCAUAUGCAACUUCUAGCGCAAAAGAUUACUGGAAUCUGCGUUUCCCUAGGAGAAUCCCCGAAAAUACGUUAUUACAGACCUAAAAAUCCUACACACGAAGCAGCGGUUCUCUGUUCUCAUCUAGCCAGAUUUGUCCAGGAGGAGCUUGAUGCGUACCAACAAUAUAACCCCAGUUUCCCACCGCAAACUAAUCGACCUCAAGGUGUUUUACUCAUAACCGACAGAUCAAUGGACACAUUAGCACCAAUACUGCACGAGUUCACAUACCAGGCCAUGGCACACGACCUCCUUCCAAUCAAAGACCACGAGAAAGUCACUUACACAACUGUGUUGAAUGAAGGAACUGCACAAGAAGAAGAAAAAGAAAUGGAAAUUACUGAGAAAGAUAAGAUUUGGGUAGAAAAUAGGCAUCAACAUAUGAGUAAAACUAUUCAAAAGUUAAUGAGCGAUUUCAAGAAGUUUAUCGCAGAUAAUCCACAUUUCGCCAAUCAAGAUGCGGAAAAUGUCAACAUCAGUCAAAUCAAAGAUAUGUUAGCAGGGUUGCCACAAUUUCAGGAGAUGAAAGAAGCAUACUCUUUACAUUUGAACAUGGCACAAGAAUGUAUGAACAUCUUUCAACACCAUGAGCUCCCAGAAAUUGCGUUGGCGGAACAAACUCUAGCCACGGGACUGGACGAAGAUUACCGAAAACCCAAGGAGAUGGGUGCACAAGUUGUCCGUCUAUUAGAUAAUCCAGCUGUUGCUCCUAAGGAACGAUUACGACUUAUCAUACUUUAUGUCAUAUUCCGGGACGGCUUGAUUACGGAAGAUCUAGAACGUCUUUUACAUCAUUCUGGGCUUCCCCUCUCAGAAAUGAAUGAAAUUCUAAACCUAGAAUUACUAGGGGUACACACCACCAAGAAACUUACAGACUCUAAAACCAAAGCUGUACCCACUCCAUUAUUCCCACCAAAACCUACACCUACUGUAAUCAACGAAGAACUUGCUCUGUCUCGAUAUGAAACCAAUCUCCAACGCUGUCUCGAGGAAAUCACCAAAGGGACUUUAGACCCAAAUAUCUUCCCUUAUACAAGACCUCCCACUGACCCAUCUGAGGAAAUGGCCCUUCAAUCACAAGCUUCACUUCGUAGCGCCAAGCCUACAUGGGCUCGUGGACGUAGUACCACACCAGACAACAUGCAAAGAAUUAUUGUUUUCAUGGCAGGUGGAGCUACUUACUCAGAAGCCAGAGCUUGUUAUGAAAUUUCAAAGGAUUGCAAUAGAGAUGUAUUCUUAGCUACCUCACAUAUGCUCAACCCCAACUUGUUCCUGAAGCAAGUGGGAGAUUUGACGGCUGGAAGGAAGCAAUUAGAUUUACCAAUUGACAGGCCAAAACCAAAAGCUCCGGCCUAUCUUUUCAAAGCUAACGAUCCGCCUCCUCCUCCACCCGUUGUCGCAUCACCCAGACCCCAAGUAGGACUUGGAUUACCGGGCGGACCAGGGAAUGCACCUGGAGGUGUAAGACCUGAGAGAAGCCCAGGGGCUCCAGCUCCGCCAAUGAAGAGUCCAGGAUAUGACAGCAAACCUUUGGCUGCAGGAAUGCAACAGAUGUCUCUAAAUGGGGCAGGAGAUGGAGCAGGACAUUCCUCUGGCAAAUUGGAGAAGAAGAAAGGUGAGGAUGGAAAGGAAAAGAAGAAGAAGAUGGGAUUCUUCAGGAGUAAGAAAUAA